AACUUUUGAUGACUAUAAAUUGACUUGUAGCAAUUUACAGGAGUGUUUUUUAUCUUAUGUUCUACCAGAUAACAUUUUGUCAGGUAUAGACCUGCAAUUUGCAUGGUUGGAUCUGGGAUUUUUUUGCAGAAACAGGUAAAGAAAGAUCCCUACGUUCAAGUAGUGCUAUGUGCUAAAUUUUGCUACCUACCUGGAGUUGACUUAGUGUGUCUCUUUCUGUAAAACUGAUCAGAAUUUGUGGGGUUUUGAAUGUGACAGAUGUUCAUUCUUGCUAAUAGUCAAGAACUCUCAGAGACUCAUUGGGAGAAUAACAGAACUGUAGUGUGUGAGAGAAGAACUAGGCUGAGUGAAAGGCAUGGGGAAGGAAACAGACCUGUCAAAAAGAGUAAGUCAGCAGUGGAAAAAUAAUGAGCUUUUAAGGGAGGUGUUAGCUGGGAGCAGAUAAUUGAGAGCUGAUGAAAAGGUGAUCUUGGGAGCUGGAGAGAUCUGUGUUUUGAAGUAAUACAUGCAGCAUAGAUACUGAGUGGAAAGAAGCUAGCACAGCCCCUAAAAUCAGCUUGCAUUCUUGUAGUGAGAACUUCUGUGUACAGAGGGAACUGACUGAAAGAUGUAGGUGAUAAAUUCAAAUAAGAUGAGUGAUUAAUGAAUUGGGCUUGCUUAUUACUGUUCUAAGUAAAUUAGUCACUGGGGGGCAGUGGUUAGUUGAUUUUUUUUUCUAAUUGCUGCAUAUUAGCAAUAGAUAGUGUUAAUUUCUUCAUAAUGCUACAGUCAUACAGUAAAAUAUUCAGCAAAGUGGACAGAACUUUUUUCCUGGUAGAAUUCAGUGUACAGCUCAGCAAAGCACACCUUGGAGCAUAACCUGUUUCUUUUCUGUGGCAAAUUAAAACACUAGUGGAGUAAUAAUGUUUUAAGAUUCUUAUUGCCUUGAUGUGAUUGGGAGGAAAAAAAAAUCUAUCUGAUUUUCCUUAUCUGAUGGACUGCAGCCGAAGACCUGUAGAGAAAAACUUCUAAUCAAAUGCACUGAAAUUGGGUUGUGAGGAAAGAGGUGACAGGGUGGAACAGAAAUACCUUUUAAAGUGGUAGGUGAGUCCUUUCUAAUUAAGGUUGAUAAUGACAGAAAGUCUUUAUCUGAGCUAUUUCAGUGAAUCAUAUGAAAUACAUAAAUCUAGUUUCUCAGAGCUCUUUGGGAACCCUUCCUGGAAAUUGAAGUUGGAACGAGGUGGUUGAUGAAAAAGACAGAAAGCAAGAAAUACGAGGGAGUGAAGAAAUAUUGAAAGCCUCAAGGACAGAUGCCUGCCAACGUAGUGUUUGUAAAUUCUGUAUUUUCUAAAUACAACUUUCCCUGCUCUUCACCCUCCACGUGUUUGUGAAACAUGGUCAGGGUUUGGGGUUGUAUUCAUUUUUGCUAAUUGAGUGCUAUGGAGUUGGGACAGUCAGGCUUUCAUGAGCUUUAGCAGACUGGAUGGUGAGUUUUUUUGAAUUAAUAUUCAAUGUAUGCUUGAUAAAUGAGCUAAAAAAAGGAAGGCAAAGUGUGAAAUGUAUGGAGGCAGGUCAGCCGUUUUCAGCUGAUCCAUAGGUCAGGUGUUGUAGCAGUCACUGGAAUAGCUAGCAAGCAGCUGCAGAGUUACCCUGUAGAAGUAUGGUAGUUUCCCAGUGGGUACUAUCUGAGCGUGACCUCUCUUUUGUUUAAUGUUUAAUCGUUAUUUUCUAGUUAGUUAUGUUGUGUGUGCUUCUGGGUAAUUUUCACCUGUAAAAAAUGAACAUUGUUUUUUUUAUCCUUUUUCUUGGAUUGAAAAGCUAAUAAAGAUGAGAAGCUAAUAAAGAUGAAAUUCCUUUGUUGAAGCAGCCCUAAGAACUUUUUUGUGAGAAUUUUUCUGCAUUCUCAUAACUUUUCCAACAGAAAAUUGUGAUUUGAGUGGUAGAUGAAGGCAGUACCUUCAUCUAACUACGGUGAAGGUCACAUUAUAAAUGGACUGAUAAGUAUAUAGAAGUUUCACUUCUGCUGAGCUACUGGGAGGGGUUUAGCAAGUGGAAACAGGAGUUUCCUUUAACAAAUAGGAGAUGAACAAAAUCACAUGCACUGUUAUUCAUGCACGAACCCAGAAUUGUUUGUCUAGGGAUAUUCUACCUCAGCAAGGCCAAUUUGCUUCACUUCCUUUAGUGUCUUGAUCCCAAACCUGAAAAUACCACAGUAUUUGAACCUGCAAACAUUGAGAAUGCUUACUGAGAAGCAACAUAGAACCAACAUAUAUUGAAUGACAGUCCACUCGCCCAAAGGAAAAGGUUGUUCCUUCAGCACUGGAACUAGUAUUUUGAAAAACAAUUUGACCUGUCAGAACAGACACAACUGCCCAUGUUUCUUCACUGUAGAAACUCACACGCUGAAUUUUUAGACAUAAUGAGAAGAAACCGAGAUAGGUUUGUAGGAGGGGUGGUACAUUCUUUCGAUGGCACAAAGGAAGAAGCAGCAGCUAUAUUAGAUUUGGAUCUUUAUAUUGGAAUAAAUGGCUGUUCAUUGAAAACAGAAGCCAACUUGGAAACACUGAAAUCAAUUCCUAGUGAACGAUUAAUGAUAGAGACUGAUGCGCCUUGGUGUGGAGUGAAAAAUACUCAUGCUGGAUCCAAAUACAUUAAAACUACAUUUCCUACAAAAAAAAAAUGGGAAAUAGGGCACUGUUUGAAGGACAGAAACGAACCCUGCCAUAUAAUUCAAAUACUGGAAAUAAUGGCGGCAAUAAGAGAAGAUGACCCACUUGAGUUGGCCAAUACUCUAUAUAACAACACUAUUAAAGUUUUCUUUCCAAAUAUAUAAAGUUGUUGUUCUUACAUUUAUUCAGCAUAACUUCAGU